AUGACUACUUCUCCUCUGUGCUAUUUGCUCGUCAACGCAUUCGCAUCAUUUGCUUUUAACAAAACAUUGUGUUGUAUAACAUUGAGUAAGAUAGCACUGCAAAGCGACGUAACUAGCCCGGUCUCGGCUUCCAAGUUCCCUGAGUUUAGUCACUUCCUAAUCCAAUUCGAUCACCUGGCCCACCCGCUUGCUGCACGACGAACACAGACACCGUCACUCGUCAACCAAGGUACGCUUGGAGCGUGGAGCGUGGUGCUCCUGCUAAGCAGCGCCAAACUAUUCAAAAUUUCCGCCUCCAACGGGAACCGUAAUCGUCUUGCCGCCAACAUCCCCCUCCGAACCCUUCGACCGGAUCAGAACGCCCAAUCGACGUCAUUGCUGGCAGGCCAACGGGACCAGUCGUCCCACGACAGACGAUCCUCGGGCUCUGUCGUUGACUCGGAUUCCGACUCUUGGACGGACACGGGCGAUAUUGCCGAGCAGCUGGCCGAUGAGGACGACCCUCUGAGGACACACCUAGCCGACACCUCCCCCAACGACGAGCUUCUUGCCGGCGUGCUCAAAAAACAUCCCAAGACCAAACGCGUGCAAUUUCGAAGAUCCGUCUCUGAACACAGUCACGGCCAGUCCAGACUGUUGCAUUCUGGAGUCGUUAAUAAGGAGGCAAUCGAAAUACCCGACGUAGCUCCCCGUCGAAUUUCGGGGGCAGAGCGCCUGCUAGCCUCCAUCAUGCCAGGCACAGGAGUCCACGGCCUGACGGGCAAGUCCCUCAUCUACUUCACCAGUAUCUUCGUAUCACUGGGUGUAUUUCUUUUCGGAUAUGACCAAGGAGUAAUGUCGGGCAUCAUCACUGGCCCAUACUUUCGGGACUACUUCAACCAUCCAUCGCACGCCGAGAUUGGAACCAUGGUGGCUAUUCUUGAAAUCGGUGCGCUGAUCUCCUCACUUGCCGUAGGAAAAGUUGGUGACGUCAUUGGCCGGAGGAAAACGAUUCUCUAUGGCUCCAUGAUCUUCUUCGUGGGCGGUCUGUUACAGACGCUGGCAACCAACAUGCCCAUGAUGAUGCUGGGAAGAAUCAUCGCUGGUCUAGGCGUUGGUUCGCUCUCGACCAUCGUUCCCGUCUACCAGUCUGAGAUCUCCCCACCACACAGCAGAGGCAAAUUGGCCUGCAUCGAGUUUUCUGGCAACAUUAUUGGUUACACCACCUCGGUCUGGGUAGACUACUUCUGUGGCUUCAUCGAGAGCAACUAUUCGUGGCGCCUCCCGCUGUUUAUGCAAUGCGUGAUGGGUGCUCUGCUGGGUUUCGGCAGUUUGCUCAUCGUUGAAUCUCCCAGAUGGCUUCUCGAUAACGAUCAUGAUGAAGAGGGCAUAGUAGUUAUUGCCAAUCUCUACGGCAAAGGUGACAUUCACAAUGCAAAGGCCAGAGAUGAGUACAGGGAGAUAAAGAUGAACGUUCUCCUGCAGCGCAUGGAGGGUGAGAGAACGUACUCCGAAAUGUUUCGUCGCUACAAGACGCGAGUCUUCAUUGCCAUGUCUGCGCAAGCGCUAGCGCAACUCAACGGCAUCAACGUUAUCUCGUACUAUGCGCCUUACGUCUUCGAAUCAGCUGGAUGGGUUGGUCACGAUGCUGUGAAGAUGACCGGAAUCAACGGCAUCACUUAUUUGCUCUCGACCAUUCCACCUUGGUAUAUUGUCGACCGGUGGGGUAGACGAAUCAUUCUGCUUACGGGUGCUGUCGCCAUGGCAAUUGCUCUGUCAUUCGUGUCCUACUUCAUAUACUUAGAUAUCGCCAUGACCCCGACCUUGGUUGUGGUCUUCGUCAUGAUUUACAACGCGGCGUUCGGGUACUCUUGGGGACCAAUCCCGUGGUUAUACCCUCCUGAGAUUCUGCCUCUCAGUAUUAGAUCGAAAGGCGCGAGUUUGUCUACGGCAUCCAACUGGACCUUCAACUUCUUGGUUGGCGAAAUGACGCCUAUUCUUCAGGAGUGGAUCACGUGGCGAUUGUAUCUGGUCCACGCAUUCUUCUGCGUGGUCAGUUUCGUUGUUGUUUACUUCGUAUACCCCGAGACUUGUGGUGUUCGUUUGGAAGAGAUGGACUCGUUGUUUGGUGAUGCUACUACAGCCAUGGGCACUCCUAGCAUGAGAUCUGAAUCUGGAUCAAUCUACCGAGCGUCGUCGCCCAUUCCUUCACUCGAUCUCCGUGGUAGGCCCGGGGCUCCGGGACUCGGGUCAGAGGCCAACAUUCCGCCCUUCGAUAUCGAUCCUCCAGCAAUCAACUUCAUCGAUGGAAAGCCUCAAAUACGAUCCGAGAGUGGCUCACGGGGUAGAGUGGGUGAGUGGCUCACUCGAAUGGUUGGGCGUGAUCGUGGUUCGAGCAGUAGCCCGGCAGGGACAGGUAGAUACGCACCCUUGGACCAACAGGAGGAAGAAUGA